GUUUCCCAUCUCCAGACACAUUCAUCCCACUUAAAAGCUACCAAUCGCAUUCAUACAACUUGUUUUGAAGAGUGCCACAUCAUUCCUGGUUCUAUCAGCCUUUCAAAACUAUUAUUAUUCUUCUCUGUGAACGAAUCUCUCCAAUAUGGCCGAAGCUUCGGCUGUAUACCCCGCAUCCUUGGGCACAUUAUAUGAUGAAGGGUCACCACUAAAGCACCAGUAUGAUCCUAUCCGGUUGGCAGACGCCGAGAUAGUUCCAAUUCUACAACUACCUCUUGCAAAGGCUAUCUUUGGCCACGAGUCGGCGGAUGAGAGUGCUCUCACUCGUGUGGCUGGCGGGGAGAUAUCUUAUACUACCUUUUUAGCCGACAAGACGAAGUCUAUAUCCCACACGCAGCUAGACGGUUUGACUCCCGAACAGCAGCAUUCGCAACUGUUCCACAUUGGCCUAGCAGCCCUCUUCAGUUUCCUUCAGUCCAAUGUCACUGGACCCCCAUUGGGUUUCAACCCUGCGGAGCUAAUUAUCCCGUCAGCUCUGCGGACUGACGCGACAUUUCUGAAAGCCGUCAGAACCCAUAUGAUUCGCGAUCUCUCCGUAGAUGGGGAAGCCGCCUAUAAGCUGACUCCGAAUGUGGAGCUCUUCGCCGUUGCGAAGGCCAUCCUGGUCGACACUGACGUCCUACUUGUCAAUGGCCCGUUGGUCGCUAGGACAGCAAGAAUGCGUGUUAAUUUCCUUCAUCAAAAGAUGCUAUCAGAAAUCACUAGCACGCUACAGGAUGCAGUCUACUCCGAUAUCGAGCAGAUCAGCAAGAUCUUGUUGAAUGAAUCUACUGCUAACUCAGAGAAAGGAAAAUUCUUCCUCGAAAGAGCUCUCAUCCACAAUCACUAUGGUUUCGAUUCCAAAGCCAGAGCUGACAUUGAGAAGGCUACAUCCGAAAGAAACUUCGAAUUUGCUCUAACCGGAAAGUUGGGUAAAAGAACCAAAUUUCAGGAACGCGAUGUCAGUCAACUUGUUAUCCUGGCAAAAUCUGCCGACGACGCAACGGAUGUGAGCCCCAACAGCCAGAGUGAUUCACAGCCCUCGGGCCCGAAGAAGUUGGAUCUCAAUGAUGAUACCCUUUUGGAAUCCAUUUCUUUUACUAAGGAUGAAAAGCAACAGCCUCAGGAUAAGCAAGUUACCGUACAGGAGGAGUCAACACUAUCAUCAGUACUGGCAUCUAUCGACCCAGGAAAUCAGCCAAGACUCCACCCCGUUGAUUCUGCAAUUCUCUUAGCUCAGGCUGCUGCGAUCACCAACACCACUCCCGAGAAUGGUCUAACUCGAGAGGAGACACACCCAUACGCUACCCGAGUUCUUGAGGGCGGUAGCUCAAACUGGCAGAUUUACACACAGGGUCUUCUAGCGCGGAGCAGAAUUGAGGGCUAUAGGGCUCGGACGGUGGAAAGGUCGGUCUUACAGAUGCAAGCCCUUGUAGAUCAAGUCAUCGCCGACACCGCUACCCUCGACAGUCACGCUACUACUAAUGUUGAAGAGCCUACUACAUUCUUGCCGAGACCCGAGAAAUCCGAAUCAGCAUCGGCCUCAGAGAGACUUGAAUACAUAUGGCUGCUGAACUUCUCCACCAGGUGGAACCUCGAGGCUGAGCUGGCAACUCGGUGGGUCAAUCUGGGAGGACUGCGAACUGCGCUUGACAUCUACGAACGUUUGCAGAUGUGGGCAGAGGCUGCACUAUGCUACGCCGCUACGGAAAGAGAAGAGAAGGCGAAAGCCAUGGUUCGCAGGCAGCUCUACAAACCAACGAACAAAGAGAAUGAAGAUGAAAAUGAGAAGUUUGAGGGGCCUGAAUUGUCACCUUUGCCUGCUGAUGCCCCCAGACUAUUUUGCAUUCUGGGAGAUAUUGAUUCAGACCCAACUAUGUAUGAGCGUGCAUGGGAGGUAUCGAACAACAGAUACGCACGGGCUCAGCGGUCUUUAGCCCGUCAUUAUCUCACAUUGAACCCGCCUGCCCUAGAAAAGGCCGAGGAGGCUUAUCAGAAGAGCUUGCAUAUUAACCGUCUCAAUCACGGCGCUUGGUUCGCACUAGGCUGCGUACAGCUUGAACUCCAGCGUUGGGAUGAUGCGAUAUCCUCAUUCACUCGGGCCGUUCAACUGGAAGACAAUGAUGCUGAAGCAUGGAGUAACCUUGCCGCAGCUAUCCUGCGAACAUCUAAACCAGAUGAGGAUGAGUCUACCCCCGCUACUGCGGAGCAGCCCGACGAGGAGCACGAAUUAGAAACAGGAAAGGUGCCACAAGACCCUCACAAACGCAAGCGUGAGGCCCUCGCAGCUCUGAGUCGUGCAGCUCAGCUCAAGAAUACAGAUGCUCGUAUCUGGGACAACGUGCUCACGGUAGCAGCUUCAAUCCCUCCUCCGUUUACACCGUUCCGGGAUGUUAUUACAGCACAAAGGAAACUCAUUGAACUUCUUAGUGCUAAGAAAGGCGAAAAAUCCGUUGAUCUACCGAUCUUGGGCAUGCUUGUCGACCACCUUGUAACAGCCUAUGAGUAUGAAGAGCUACUGAUUGACAUUAACGAUGGAAAUGAACCCCCGCAGCGAGUCGUCCGUAGUGGUACGAUCCCUGGACAGAUUUUGUCUUUGUUGGACGACUCUAUUGUGCCACUAAUCACCCACUCUGCACCGCUUUGGCUUCUUGUUGCUCGCGUUGAGCAGUUCCGUGGACAUCCGUCCAAAGCCUUUGAAGCUCACGAGAAGGCCUGGCGUGCUACUGUGGCCUCAUCAACGCAAGGGGCAUUCCAGAUGGGUGACGGAAAGAAGUGGAUGGAAAUUGUACGUUCCACGGAGAAAUUGGUUCGUGAUGGGUACGCCAAGUACGGCCCUAUGGACAAGGAGGGUCAGGAAAAUGCGAAUAGAGAAGCCGGGCUUGUUGCCAAAGAUUGGAGGUUUAAGGCUCGUAGUGCAGUGAGGGGUAUUUUAGGUAAAGGCAAGGAGUUCUGGGAGGGUAGUGAAGGGUGGACACGGUUGAAGGAGCUGCAGAGUGAAGUCGGUAGUACAUAAGCAGACUACCU